UACUUUGUUUUCGUAGCCUUUUAUGGAUUUGUACUGAAUUGAAGUCGAGUUAAACUUUUGAUUUUCUGUUUUAAAAUUUUUAAUGUUGGCUGUUUGGAAUGCCUAGAUCUGUCAUUAAAAUGCUGAAAUAAUUGACAGUGUUAAGCUUGCUCAAACAUGUCAUUGAGUAAUCAUAUAAUUAUUCCACUUCAUUUAUAAUGUAAUUCCUAUAUUUGGGAAGGCUUCAGACAGGUACAUAGCAGUGGCCUUGUGUCCCAAGCUGCAGAGAUAUAACAAAACCAGAGAGGCCUCAUUACAUCAAGUAGUCAGUAACUUGAGGAUAAAACUUAGGUCUCAGGUCAAAUCAGUAUGGGAAGCUAGAUAUAAAAGCAAGCUUAAGACAGACAACCUUACAAACAACAAUUUUCAGACUGUUCUCUCACAGUUCAUGAAUGACCUGAGGAAACAAAAAUUGAUAGAGGGCAAAGAUUUAUAUAAGUAUAAAGAAUUUAUGUUGGAAAGUGUGGCUCAAGAGUUGAUGCAUUCAGUCCAAGGAAACAGUCAUGCAGGCGUGUCUCCUCGUAAGCGUCGCAGGAUAGAGGAGACUGAAGAUGAAGAAAAUUAUGAAAACACAAAUCAUUUCUCAAAGAUACAGCCCAAACCGUGCAUAUUAAAUCUGCCAGAUGUCCCAGAUUAUGAUCCUGUUCAUUUUGUCCGCUGUCAUGCCAAGGACAACAAUCCCUCAGACAACAGAACCAAAGUAUGGAAAUGUGCUUUUGAGCCAGAAUUAGACAACCCGGGAGAGACAACCAACAUUGUGGCUACUUGCGGGGGUGACAUACUCUGUCUUUUAGAUUGCUCAACUGGUAAACUAAUGAUGCGUUACAAGCUACCGAAAGAGCAUUUUUUCACUGUGGCUUGGACCACAGUGUGUAGUAGUACAAGCAGUGGGCGUGGCAGCAAGCGCACAAACAUUCUGGCCACUGGGGGAAAACUAGGCAUUGUUCAUCUUAUUCACCCAGCUCAACACCUGUGCUAUGCUGAACUAAAAGGACAUACAAAAUAUAUCAGUAGCCUGUUAGUUCAUCCAGAGGAACCAACAUGGUUAUUUAGCGGUGGUGCUGAUGCCAAAGUGAUAUUAUGGGACAUUGGUGUGCCCUCCUUUCCAGAUUAUAAAACUUCACACAAGCAGCUGCUUGUCCUACAGAGUCCUGGAGGAGAUGUCCUUAACACUGUAUUCCUCUCAAACUACCUCAUUGCUGGCUGUGAGAAGAACUGCUAUGGCUGGCACAUUGACAAAAGUAAUUUAGAUAAAAGGAUGAGCAGGCAACCCACUCUUGAAAUCAACAUUCCAAAGCCCCAGAAUGAUAUUGUUGAUGCACUAGUACAAGUAUCUAAUGAUAUCAUUGCAACUAAAUGUUCCCAACAAGGUUUCAUUCAAUUGUGGAGGUUCUCGGAUGUAUUGGCCCAUGCCCAAAACCGUAAAUGUGUCACUGCCAUGCCCAUUGCACGGCUGAAAUGGAAAAACGUUGACACACCAUACAUAAAUUUGGGGGCAGUGCUAAAUGCUGGCCUGGUGUACUGUGGUGAUGAUGAGGGGCAACUGUGGAUUUACAAUGUGAAGCCUGUCAUAACUAAAAAGAUAAAGAAAAGUACCUCUUACGAGUUGAUGUCACCAUCGAGGAUUCUUCCCUGGCCUGAGUGCUGUAUUCCAACUGAAAGGGAGCAGGAAAAACUGAUGGGAGAUGUGCUGGAUAAAGGAGAGCCCAUUGUGAUAAACAGUGCUACAGGGAGUUGGAAUCAUGAGUAUAUCGUGGCAGGAACAGAUAAUAACUUGGUGUGCAUCUGGAAGAAGAUCUGAAAUAGGAGAAUUAAUGACUCAUCUACAUGUGACAUCUGAGAUAAAGCUUUAAUCCAGUCAUUUGAAAAAGCUAACAUGAAAGGACACAAUGAGUGUUAGAUCUUUAUUUAGCCCCUUCUUUCCUUAGAAAGUUGUUGACAGGGGAUUUUUAUGGGUAUGCUAUGGUGAAAAAGAAUCUAUUAAUUUAUUUUUGUUUGGCUAUGUUAUGGUUAAAUGGUCAAUGUGUGCCUAUAAAAAGUGCAAAAUAUACUUUUACAUAGCUCACAAAGGAUAUAAUUACAGUAUGGGUCUAUGUUAUCUUGAAGAGUUUAUAAUAUUAGAAGGCAAGAAGAAGGCAUUGCACUCUUUAAUGCUUGUUAAAUGACAGGAAACCAUUACUCCUUACUGUUUCCAGGUCAUCACGCUGAGGAGGGUAGGAAACAAACAGCAUGAUGAAACUGUUUUUGUAAUUUUUAAUAACAAGACAACCAUGUUGGGCAGUAGUAAAAUGGAAGGUUUCAUUACUUCAAGUGAAGUAAAAGGCAGCAUCUGACUUAGUCAAGAGUAGAUUUGUUUCUUGAAAGGAGAGUAACAUUAUUUAAUGAGUUUUUUCUUAGAAAGAUUAAGAAUAGAGCAAGCUAUUUUUUUUAGGAUAUCAUUUUUAAAUUAGAUGUUGAAAUGACUGUACAUGUUGGAUAUUUUCAGUGAACAGAAGGCUUUUUUGUAUAUUAGACAGAGUGGCAUUCAGGCACUGGGUUCACAAAGGUAGAUCCAUGUAGACAACCAGUAAAUGUUUUUAAGCAAAUUACUACAGGAAGUAGCUUCUUUGAUGUCAGUGGUGAUUCUUUAGAUUUAGAACAUUAUUUUGUAUACAAUUUAUGAUUACAUUUUAUAAGCACAUUUUAGAGUACAAAGUAGACUAAAACUAUAAGGGUGGAUUAACUAAAGACCCUUUAAUUUUAGAAAAUGUUUUUGUACUUUGAUGUUUUAGCAAAAAGUAAAUUAUUGUUUUAAAGCUCUAUUAGUUUUAUUUACAAUAUUCUUUUGAGGAGAGAAGUAGGACUUUAUAGUAUCGUUUUCAGUUGGAAAUUGCAAGAUGAAGCAUACUUACUCCUGUAGUAUACCAUAUAUUAUGUGUCACAGUCUUAAUUGACAGCAAAGAUAACAAAAUUUCAAGACAUUGAAGGUAGUUUAAAAAUUGAUAUUUACUGUUACAGUAGGUGUCUGACAGUUUUCUUCGUAUUCCACAUUUUAGCUUUUGUUGAUUCCAUAUAUAUAUAGUCAUCAGUCUAAGUGUUUGUAACGUAAAGAAUCAAAUCAAAUUAAAUAUGGAAAGUUGA